UGUAGUACGUGUGUACGUGUCGCGAAGUGAUGAAGUGAUUUCGAGUAUAAUUUUGAUUACGAAUAUAAUUUGUACGGAUUGUGGCGAUGCAAUCGCCAUAAGAUAAAAGAAACAAUGGUGAACUGAUCAAAAUUGAUAUCGCCAGGAAAAAGUAAAUCACGACGAUAGAAAUUUUUCGGUAAAAUCUAUCGGAUAUAAAGCCGGCAAAGUGUGAUGUUAUAAAGGGAUCGUAAAGCAAUUAGGAAAAGAAUUCCAGUGUUGCGGUUUAUAGCGGAAUUUCCAUGAGCGUGCGUAAAAAUAUAUAUAACGUCAAUCGAUGUGAAAUCCAAUCUCAAUUAACCCGGAGAUAAUAACCGAUAACCGAUAACGGGUAAAGCUACGAUAAAGAGCUUUGUCCGGCCACGGUCAGAUAACGAAUUUUUCUACCUACCGCGAUUGUUAGCGACGGGCAGUCUCUCUGUGGUAGCGACUAAGUGGUGAACCUUUCGUGAAUUGUGGAGAACAAUGCGGUCUACGUUACAUCUAGUGGUGCUUCUGACGAUUUCGUAUUUCGUCCAUGGCUUGCCAACCGAUCUUCCUGCUUCUCCUGGCGAGAUGAUGCCUUUCAGUUUAACUGGUCGCAUAGUUAACGGUACAAAGGCCGUUUUGAAGCAGUUCCCUCAUCAGGUGUCUUUAAUGCGCAGUUGGAGCCAAGCGCACUUUUGCGGUGGAAGCUUGAUUAGCACUACUCUAGUUUUAACUGCAGGUCAUUGCAUGUUUCUCUCCGGAAGCGCUAUACAACCAUGGAUGAUUAUUGUGGUUGGAGGAAUAGUGAAUCUGAUCAAUGAAACUUCGACGCGACAGAAAAGCAGCGUAGCGAGUAUCAGGAUUCAUCCGGAGUUCGAUCUUCAGAACUUGUACAAUGACGUUGCCAUUUUGCAACUAUCGGAAUCUUUUACGUUCACUCCGGAACUGCAUAGUGUGCCCUUGACAGGGAACCCGCCUGUACCCAAUACUAUCUGCCAGGUAUCUGGUUGGGGUUAUCCGUCAUCCGAUAUCCCGAUAGUGUCUCCUGAUUUGAUGUACGUAGAUUUACCCAUUCGAAGCGUAAAAGAAUGUCGCGAGCUGCUCGAAAACGUAACGGAUCUGCCAUCGGGAAUGUACUGCGCCGGUUAUUUAGAGGGUGGAAAAGACGCUUGUCAAGGUGAUUCCGGCGGCGGAAUGAUCUGCAAUGGUGCUCUGACCGGUACCGUUUCGGGUGGCGAAGGAUGUGCUGAGCCACGGAUGCCUGGGGUUUACGCGGACGUUUUUCACUAUUUGGACUGGAUAUUAAUGAGCUCGGAUGUAGUGGCUAUAGUGCAAAGUCAUAACAAUACUUGUAGAAAUAACACUGGGAAUUACGCCGCGCUUAAUACGCCGACGAUUACGAUCGUGAUUAUCUCUUUCCUCUUUGGUGCUGUCAUCAAUUACACCUAGACCUUGAAGCCGAGAUCCCCUGUUGACACGUUGAUAUGUAUGUUUGAAGAUAUUAUUAGACAAAGAGCAGUAAUUUUUAUGGAUAAUGUGAUACUAGAGUUUCAUGAGCUUUACCUUUUUAUGCUACGCGGUCUGAUACGACCUGAUGAGUGAAAAAAAUAAAAUUGAAAAAUAGUAAGAGCUUUUAUGGUUUAAAUAAUUGCCUUUAAAGGUUUAAACGAUUAUCGUAUCAUUGAUUAUAUCAUGUCAUAAUUUAUUCAACUGUAAAUUAUUCCUUUUUAACUAAUUCGCGAGAUCAUUGAUAGGAAUACAAUACAUUUGCUCACAUUCAAUUUUAAAUAAUCACGCAGAGAGAGAUGUCCAAGAUUUUUUAUUUUAUAAUUAAGACUUUAUUUCAAAUCUAUUGUUAACUUAAACUAUUUCAACUUUCAUUUCUUAUUGUUUUGGUUGCGCUACACAAAACACUAAAGCACGAGAGUCUCUUGAAGAUAUUUGAAACACAACACAGCUGACUUUUGCCAUGAUAAGAUAUGAAACUGACCACGAAAUUGUCGAUAUCUAUGACAAUAAAAUACGAAGAAUAGAAAUAAUCUCGGUCGACUUUUGUAAUCUUAUCAGGAAAAAUUGUCUUAUUUCUUCUAUAAAUAUACACGUAUUUAAAAAAAAUGAAUUUUAUCGCUCUAGUUCAUAAAAAAAAACAAAAGAUAAAGCUGAAAAUUCUUGAUUAAUUUUACGCAAUUCUUUAAUACCAUUGUCAUUAAAAUUUAAUUAGUAACACUUUGAUUAUUUUAUAUCUAUGUAAACCAUUAGAUAUUAUAUUGAAAAAUUUGCUUCCUUAAGUUAUCAGUUAGUCACAAUGCAGCAAAAAUAUUAAAUGUAGCGUGCCGAGAAUUUGUUGCUGAUAACAUUAUUAAUGAUCUCUGGUGUAAUUAGCGAGUUCACUACCGGGAUUUUCUCCGGUUCAGUUUUUUGUAUAUAUAUACAUACAGGUAUAUGUAUAUAUGUAAGAUGUAUAAGCAAUAAAUCUUUUCAAUUAUGAA